CACGAGGGAGGCGGGGUCAGAGGAAUGAAGCGCGGAGCUGUUCGCCGCUCCAGGUGCUGAGUCUGAGGGAGGCUCCGGACACGAGAGCCGCGAGAGCCGCCGCCGCUGCAGCCGCCGCCAGAUCUGCGGCCGGGAGCCCGGGCUGUGAGGAGCCGGGAGGAGCGGGGUGCGCUGCCGGGCGCUGACCGCCCUCCCGCCCGCCGUCAGAGGUCUGCGGUGACAGCUCUUCUUCAGAGAGAAGGACAACAAGGUCCCAGUGGCCCCUCCUCAGGGUCUGCAGUAGGCCUCCGCAUGGCCCACCGAGGUGAACCAUGACCGGCUGGCCAACACUCGCCAUUGACCAGCCGGAGUUGCAUCUCGCCAGGAGGUGACCCCUCCUCCAGCUGCCCCCAACUCGCCCACCCUCGCCCAGGAAAGUGCCCGCAGCUGUCACGGACACCAUGUAGUAGGGCCGGCUGCGGCGCCCAGUGAGCUGCGAUGGUUUUGUACACGACCCCCUUUCCUAACAGCUGUCUGUCCGCCCUGCACUGUGUGUCCUGGGCCCUUAUCUUCCCAUGCUACUGGCUGGUGGACCGGCUCGCUGCCUCCUUCAUACCCACCACCUACGAGAAGCGCCAGCGGGCGGACGACCCGUGCUGCCUGCAGCUGCUCUGCACUGCCCUCUUCACGCCCAUCUACCUGGCCCUCCUGGUGGCCUCGCUGCCCUUUGCGUUUCUCGGCUUUCUCUUCUGGUCCCCACUGCAGUCGGCCCGCCGGCCCUACAUCUAUUCACGGCUGGAAGACAAGGGCCUGGCCGGUGGGGCAGCCCUGCUCAGUGAAUGGAAGGGCACGGGGCCUGGCAAAAGCUUCUGCUUCGCCACUGCCAAUGUCUGCCUCCUGCCCGACUCACUCGCCAGGAUCAACAACCUUUUUAACACCCAAGCGCGGGCCAAGGAGAUCGGGCAGAGAAUCCGCAAUGGGGCCGCCCGGCCCCAGAUCAAAAUUUACAUCGACUCCCCCACCAAUACCUCCAUCAGCGCCGCUAGCUUCAGCAGCCUGGUGUCACCACAGGGCGGCGAUGGGGUGGCCCGGGCCGUCCCCGGGAGCAUUAAGAGGACAGCCUCUGUGGAGUACAAGGGUGACGGUGGGCGGCACCCCGGUGACGAGGCUGCCAAUGGCCCAGCCUCUGGGGACCCUGUCGACAGCAGCAGCCCGGAGGAUGCCUGCAUCGUGCGCAUCGGUGGCGAGGAGGGCGGCCGGCCACCUGAAGCUGACGACCCUGCGCCUGGGGGCCAGGCCAGGAACGGAGCUGGCGGGGGCCCAAGGGGCCAGACGCCCAACCAUAAUCAGCAGGACGGGGAUUCAGGGAGCCUGGGCAGCCCCUCGGCCUCCCGGGAGUCCCUGGUGAAGGGGCGAGCUGGGCCAGACACCAGUGCCAGCGGGGAGCCAGGUGCCAACAGCAAGCUCCUGUACAAGGCCUCGGUGGUGAAGAAGGCGGCUGCGCGCAGGAGGCGGCACCCCGACGAGGCCUUCGACCAUGAGGUCUCCGCCUUCUUCCCCGCCAACCUGGACUUCCUGUGCCUGCAGGAGGUGUUUGACAAGCGAGCAGCCACCAAAUUGAAAGAGCAGCUGCACGGCUACUUCGAGUACAUCCUGUACGACGUCGGGGUCUACGGCUGCCAGGGCUGCUGCAGCUUCAAGUGUCUCAACAGCGGCCUCCUCUUUGCCAGCCGCUACCCCAUCAUGGACGUGGCGUAUCACUGUUACCCCAACAAGUGUAACGACGAUGCCCUGGCCUCUAAGGGAGCUCUGUUUCUCAAGGUGCAGGUGGGAAGCACACCUCAGGACCAAAGAAUCGUCGGGUACAUCGCCUGCACACACCUGCAUGCCCCGCAAGAGGACAGCGCCAUCCGGUGUGGGCAGCUGGACCUGCUUCAGGACUGGCUGGCUGAUUUCCGAAAAUCUACCUCCUCGUCCAGCGCAGCCAACCCCGAGGAGCUGGUGGCAUUUGACGUCGUCUGCGGAGAUUUCAACUUUGAUAACUGCUCCUCUGACGACAAGCUGGAGCAGCAACACUCCCUGUUCACCCACUACAGGGACCCCUGCCGCUUGGGGCCCGGGGAGGAGAAGCCGUGGGCCAUCGGUACUCUGCUGGACACGAACGGCCUGUACGAUGAGGAUGUGUGCACCCCCGACAACCUGCAGAAGGUCCUGGAGAGUGAGGAGGGCCGCAGGGAGUACCUGGCGUUUCCCACCAGCAAGAGCUCGGGCCAGAAGGGGCGGAAGGAGCUGCUGAAGGGCAACGGCCGGCGCAUCGACUACAUGCUGCACGCAGAGGAGGGGCUGUGCCCAGACUGGAAGGCCGUGAGUCAGGCGGGCCCAGCAGCCAGGGCCAUGCAAAGAGAGAGCAGGGCCCGGGCCCUGCAGCUCUCAACAGCCGACUCCCUGAAACCCCACGCCCCAAGCCACUCUUACAAUGAUACCCAUCACUCCCUCAGACCCUUAGGGCCCCAGGUCCUCCAGGCCCCAUCUCUCUGACUGCAGGAAGGUCCCAGCCCACCCCAGCCCUGGGGCCUCACUUCGGGGAUCCCCAGGCCACUCCCUGCAAGAUGCCCUUGGAAUCUGACCAGGCUGUUUCUCCCCUCUCCCACUCACCCCAGGAGGUGGAAGAAUUCAGUUUUGUCACCCAGCUGUCCGGCCUGACGGACCACCUGCCAGUAGCCAUGCGACUGAUGGUGUCUUCGGGGGAGGAGGAGGCAUAGACCGUCUGGAGCAGCGGGGCCUCUGCCAGCCCUUGCAGCUGCAGCCCAUCCCUGGGCCGUGUCCCCUCCAUCGAGUGCCCGGUGCUUGGGGGAGGAGGGCAGGGACAGGGAGGGAGCCACAGUCAGUGCCCGGGAACCUGGAAGCUGCGCUGCUCUGCGCCUCUGGGCCUCACUGUGGACAGAGGAGUCAGGCCCGCCCCGGGAGCCUCCAGCUGCCUAACCAGUGCCAUUCUUUCACAACACGAUUUUCUACAAAUCUACAGCACAACCGAGUUUGUAACCCGUGGGUUAGUAUGAGGACCGGGUUCAUGUACUCUCUGUAUCUCUUCUUAAGCUUUGUCCAGGGUUCUUUAUUUUUGUCUGCUGCCAAUGUCGUCUCGCAUGCCUGCACCCUCGCAUGCACGCUGCCCGCAUGCCACGUGCCACGCCGUAGCCACAGACCCCUUGCUCGGGCCUCACUCAAGGCCAAACUCCAAACACAAUCAGAACCAGCCAAAGAAGCACUUCCUGGGCACGGCCACCAGCUCUCCCGCCUCCAGUGUGGGCCGGCUCCUGCAGGGUCCGAGGGCUGCAUCUCUACCAGCCAGCCCAGGGCUCUUCCCAGGGUCUCGCAUUCAAGGGCAAUUACAUUUUAAAAAGAAAAUCAGAAAAAGGUUAAUCACAAAACCAACCCUCACUUCACAGAGUCUGCAUAGAACUUUGCUCUUCCCGAGACAGGGUCCCUUCCCCAGCUCAGGCACAACAGAGUCUGGCAGGCUCUGGCGCCCUGGGCCUCCUCCGGGAGCCUCGCAUCUGGGCAGUGGAGCCAUAAACGGGGAUCCGAGAAGAGAGUAUCCACUUUUUUUUUUUUUUUUUUUUUUUACAGGAAGAAGGGACUCACAGCAUAAAGGGGGGUGGGGGGAUCCUGAUUUUGAAAAUAAUCUAUUUGUAGCUUCUCUUCUAUCAAAACCAACACAUCCUCUUCUUUCUGCCAAUCCUCUCCCCCACCGGACACCUCUCUGGUUCGGGACCAAUCCCUCCCUGGGGACGUGCCCCACCUGCGUGCCGGCUGAGCUCAGGAACCCCUGCCUGCCCCCCGGGUGGGGCUGCGGCUCUGGCCUCCCAGGCCCAUCCUCAACAGCUACCCCAGCCAACACCAAGGCCACAAGGGGACCCCGGCCUAGGAGGCAGGAAGCCAAGGUGCAGAGAGCAGCCUGGCCCUCACCAGUGCGCAAGCUGGGGCAGCAAGGCUGACAGUUGCUGCAUGCCCAGGGCAGGGUGUGGUACCGGCACCCAAGUUCAGCAUGGCAGAGCUGGCCAACAGCUUGUGGUCCGCGAUCUGCCUCCAGCCCCAAGAUGCCUACAGCCCCCAGGCCCCUUCGGCAGCACUGCCUCUGCCCACCUGCCUUUAAGAGACUCCAGGGCUGCUCCUGUCAUGCAGCGAAGGUUUUGUCUGUUUCAAAGUUCGAGACUCAACUUGAGGGACUGUUUUUGACAAUCCCCGCUGACCUCCGCUCCUCGUGGCGCCCUGGCCCUGCAUCCAGCCUGGCCCAGGGCCGGCUUUGCCUGGUGAGGCUGGAGGGAGCACCAGGACCUGCUGUCUGCUGUCAGCCCCUCCUGGUGCUGGUGCCCUGAUGCUGUGCCUUGUCACCCAUUGAGCUGCAAGAGGGACCAAGAGGGGGCCACGCAGCCAGCCAGACGCCUGGCCCUGUGCUGGGGCAGACAACGCUGCAGAGCCCAGGGAGCCUGGCGCUAGGAUGUGCAUCCUUGUGACACUGGCCUGUCUGAACUCACCUGGCCUGGGAAGCACCGUCUGCCCGGGCCCAAGCCCUGCCCCUCCAGAGUCCAGAGCCAGGAAGGGGCUGCUGAGGGCGAGCAUCCUGCUGGGCUCUCUGCCCGGCCCACCCCUCCAAGAGGCUGGCCUGUGAGCCUUGACUGAGCUUCAUGAUGUGGAGGCCCCCAACUUCCAGAAGCAGCUGGGACUCUGCUCACACAAGCGACUGGGCCGGCCGGCCCUGGACCCCUAGACCUCGAGCCGCCUGCCGACUGCCUGCACAGGGAGAGCAGUUGAGGCCUGGGCAGGGCCCCCACACCAGACCCCAACAUAGCUUCCCCACCCAGGCACCCCCCCUCCCGGGGCAGCAGGCGUGGGAGUCAGGGCUGCAUGCUCCUCCCCUCCCACCUCACAGGCGGCCUUAGGCAAGUCAUUCUCUGUCAUCACAAGGUCGCCUCUGCCUAGUCAGGUCCUGGCGUCCAGAGUAAGGACGUGCGGCCCCCAGGCCCCCGCACACCUCCCUCAGCACCAAGGCCGGGACCCCCCCACCCACGUGUCUCAUUGUGGCUGCCUGUGGACUCCCGGGCCUUGUGUGCAGGCCAGGCCCUUCCACCGAUUUUUUAAACAGAACCAUUGCUGGAUCUCAGAUUCUGUGGCAUCUAAGGCCUAGCAGGGGUGGGCACACGGGUCACCCGAGGCCCAUACCAAGACUCUGUUCCUGCCCUAGGCCCAGUCUCAAAGGAAGCCACAAGGCGCGGGGGCCACUGAGGAAGGAAAUGUUCAUUUUCAUUUGUCCAAAACCACCUUAAGUUUUAAGUAUAUUAAUCUUGAUGCUUUUUAACUACUGCUUUUUAACUUGCUGAGAUUUAGAAAUACUGUUAUAAAAACUUUUUUAAUUUCUGUAUUUUUUUCUGUAUUGUAUCUUCAUGGGACAUUAGGGGUUUUCUAUGGUAAGCACACCUACGGUUUUGGUAAAAACAUUAUCAAAUAUAUAUCCAGACGGUUCUUCCCUAGAAGAAAAACAAGUCUUACACCUGAUAAAAUAUUUUGCAAAGAGAGGUGUUCUUUUUCCUUACUGGUGCUGAAAGGAAGGAUGGAUAAUGAGGAGAAAAUAAAACUGUGAGGCUCGA